AUGCCCUCGACCCCCGGCGCAGGCACGACCGAGUUCAAGUCUCCAAAGACGCCUCGUCGCUACAAGACCCCGGAACCUCGCCAAGUGCACUUUGACGCGGACGACGCCGUGCCCUCAUCCUACAUCGACAAGCACACCACCUACGGCGGCAAAUCUUCCGGCUUCACCACGGCCAACUCUCCCAGCGGCGGCUUCUGCAGCAAAACCAGCGGCAUCCUCAAGAGCGGCGACAGUGAACCGGCCGAUCCCACGCCGUCCAGCUUCCCCCAGGUUGGCCCUGCACCCAGCGGCCCCUUGCACUGGCAUACAGCUGCCAACCCAACGCAGAGCAUCAGUCACCAGCUGCCCAACACCUACAACUACGCCACGCCCCAGCAACAACAACAACAAUUUCUCGUCGCCCCGCAGCAGUUUUCUCACCCUGCCUUCACGCAACAGACCGCACCAGUCACCUACAUCGGCCUCCACCAGCAGCCAGGACAAGCAACCAUGGGCGACUACCAGAACUGCGCACCUCCCCCUAUGGGGGUUCACUUCCAGCCUCCCGUUCCUGACACGACGUUUGGCCCUAUUCCUCACGUCUACGUGCCUCGCUUUGACGGGGGCCUCAUGCCUGGUGUCCAAGUCGGUCUCCCUCUUGUCCCUUUUCUUUCCAGCCCCACGUAUCCCGCUGCCUGCACAACCGUGGUGCUACCAAAGACUUUUUAUUUGAAUGGUUACACCUACUAUGCAAGUAGAGCGGCUGGGUUCCGUUCCGUCCAGCCAACCGUCGGCAUCGGUGCUAUGCCUCCCCAGGCUGCACACGGUAGCUAUGUUGUCGCCCAGCAACCGUGCCUCGUCCAGCAGCCCGUCAUGGGUCAGCAGCCCGUCAUCGUGAACGGCCAGCCGGCUUUCGUGCCCCAGGUUCAACACAUGGCGGGUAUGCCCCCAGUCGGCUUGUCGGCGGGCGGUGCUGCCGUCACUUCAGGAUUCCCCGUCAUUGCAGGUAAUACUGGUCACAUCCCCGACGUUUCUGGGCUGGGUCGUACGUCUGGUGAGGAGGCUCUCCGUCAGAUCAAGUUUGCGCACUCCAACCGUCUCUAUGAGCCCCAGGACUUCAAGCCCUCUGAUGAUGACCCUUCCCGUUUCUAUUUUGUGCGCGAGGUUGACGGGAACUGGACCCAGCGCAACCGUUUUUCUAUUGAUCACAUGGGUGACUGCCGUUGGUACGUGACCGACGAGGGCUGGUUCUACGCCGUGCGACUGCCAUCUUAG